UCCCUGAAACUCAUAGGGGGGAAACCAAGAUGUGGGGAGCAAUUUCCCCCUUGCCCCAUAGCAAAUGACACCUUUGAUCUACUUGUUGUGGAAUUGGGGCCCAUCCUAGGUCAAGCCUGCAGGGAGAACACCACCUUUCUUCCCAACUCUUGGUACUAUCUCCUGCAGCCCUAGCCUUUCCCAGCAGGGGGAGCUGUAAGGAUACGGUGGAAAGCUCUGCUUCUGGAGGUGUUCCCAGCGGGGGUGAUGUGCAGGAGCAGUGUUUCUUGUUCCUUGCCUGGAGCCCAGAGAAUUGUGGUGGGGCCAGGGACUGUGCCGGUUAGGUACUCAGUGAUUUCCCCAUUAAAUAAACAAGCUGAUUGCAGUCUCUCUGCUCACACUGGAAACAAUGAGCCAAGUUCAGCCAGGUCCAGGUCUCGUUGUCCACUCUCUCCAACCGGACCUGCUCUGUCACUUCUGUACUGGUUCCCUAGUGGCCUUCAGCCACCUUCUCCUGUUCUCCCCAUGGAGACACUCUCACCUCCUCCUCCCACAGCAGCCCGAAGUAUUAGGCACAGCUCAGCUGGUCACAGCACAGAGAGAGAGGCCGAGGGCAGGGAGUGUGCAGCAGGCUCUGCAUCUGAGCUGUCUGCCUCAUGCCAUCUUUCCGUCCUGCUACAUCAGAAUGAUAUAAUCCCAGCCAUGCCUCCAUGGUCAUCUAUUGACUGGUGGAUUUCUUGUGCCUUACAGCACAUCUGUAGUGUGCACCUAUCACGACAGCCCCAUGACAGGCACUGCUGCUGCUCCUGGCACAGAAGAUUGUUUCUAUAGUACAGCUCAUGCAGUUAAAAUUUCAUCUUUUGAAGUUAUUCCCUGGAAAGGGAUCCUGGCUUAUGAAGGCUGACACCAUUCAGACCUAUUCAUGCCACUGGAUUCUUCUGAUGACAUGAGGAAAGUUCAGAGGAGGGAGAAGAAUCGCAUCGCAGCUCAGAAGAGCAGACAGAGGCAGACCCAGAAGGCAGACACCCUGCACUUGGAAAGCGAGGACCUGGAGAGGCAGAACGCUGCCCUGCGCAGAGAGAUCAAGCAGCUGACGGAAGAAAUGAAGCAUUUCACCUCAAUGCUGAGCUCCCAUGAGCCCCUCUGCUCCAUCCUGACCACGGUGCCCCAACCGCCCCCGGAGGUGCUGUAUGCCACACACUCCUUCCACCAGCCCCACAUCAGCUCCCCACGCUUCCAGCACUGAGCCCGGCCACAAGGACACGCAGCUUGCAGGCUCCACAAAUGGAAAUCAGAGACCCCACGGGGCUCACUCUUUGGUUCACAGGAGGGACAUGGACUGUUACAGCUAUUCCUGCCCCUCCUUCAAGCGUCUACUGGGCCAGGCCCAGGGUCACAUGUCUAGGAGUUGGCCCCGGUGCAGAUAUGGCAGAACACCAGGAGGCAUCUUCAGGGAGGUUAAAUCUCAGAUCAACAGAGAAGGGAAGCGUUUGCAAAUUGGCACCAAUCCCUGUUCUGUUGUUUGCACUGGGACCUCGCAUGGGUCUAUGUGACACAGGAACCCUAUCUCCAUGUGAGCAGUCAGCUGGAGACUUCACCAGUGAGUGCUCCCAGGAGAGGAGCGCUGGGAAUGAGGGGCCAUGGGGUAGCGGGGGAGACUGGUUUAUUUUUUAAAAAAUAAAGAGUAAAAUGUUUAACGCUUUCUUUAAAAACCUGGCCUGGCCUCCCCUGAGAUUCCACAUUACAAACUGAGCGUGGCAGAAAAUGGAGAAUACAACACUAGAAAUUCUGGGGAACAGCCUUAUAUGAAGCAGCGGGGACCUGGGGCUGGAGAAGCUGUGCUAAUGUCUAAUCCAGACAACAGCGGCCUGUUGUCAAUGUGUAACAUGUGUAACAUGUCUCUGCCCUCUCUCUGGACCAGGAAGGAUGAGGAAGGGCCAUUUAUGUGUUUGUUGUAUCCUUUGGCCUUUCCUGUGGGAGAUCUAUUCCUCAGCGCUGCAGGGAUGAGACUGGCUGCUAACACUGGUACCUGUACAUACACAGUUACAACUCACUUCUCUGCUGGCUCCCCCAGCUCUCAGCUGCCUGCAGACCAAAUUCUUUCACUAAAGAUCAUUGCUGGCUCUGUCAUGAUAGAAAGACAAAGGUACAGAUAACAAUAUGGACUGUAUCUGCAGCAGACACACACACCAAUCAGGGAGCUGGCCACCCAUGUGCCCCAGACCUAUGCACAGGUCUGUGUGCGGCCUGCCUCCGCAAACCCUGUUGCUACUGUAGAUUAGUGUUUGGCCAUUCUCAAAAUUACUGCCUACUUUAAGGAAUAACAGCAGCAGUGUUCUCCCAGCAGGGGGCACUGUCUGCAGCUUUGCUAGAGGGGUAAGAAAUAGGCAUUGUACUGAAGCUCUGGCAUUAACUGAUCUGAGCUAUGGGUGCCCUCCUCGCUCACAGGAGGUUGUUUCCAGUCUCUCUGCUGUGCCAGAGAACAAACCCAAAAGUGACAUGCAGAAGAGCAGGAAACUCCCUGAAGUCCACUAGUAACCUUACUGUACACCUGGGAAGCACCAGUGAUGGGUGCUAUCCUCCUCUUCCCCCAUGUGAAGUUGCUGCAGGAGGGGCCUAGGAAACACUGUGAGGUUUCUCACUAACCCUCCUUCAGAGGACAUGGCCUCCCAACUUUGCUGUUCCUGCU